UUUCCAUUUCAAAGUUCCUAAAUGCUCCCCCUACGAGACCCCCCUGCCGAUUCUUCACAGCCCCUCAUCCCUGACAGCCGUAUGGCCCUCGAUGCACCUCAACCGUCCGAUCGUCCCUCUCAAAGCGAUCAAGCCGUCGCUGGCUCAUCAGUUUCACUUAUCUCGGGAACGCCGCGUGGCGACGUGUCGGUGAUUCUUCAUACCCCCGAAAGGCCGCGGAGUCACGGAGAGGACGAGCGCCAGGAGAGGGGAGAUGGCGCGCAAAGCGCAAAGAGGGGGCAGCAUGAUUCCGCUCAAGCGCAAGCGGAAUUCCCCGCCAGCGGCGCAACUCGAGCGCGCAUGCCGUGGUGGGGCGCUCCCCUUCUCUGCAUCGCUCUCGUCGCCGUCUCCUCUGCCGGCGCCGUUACCAAAAUCAUUCGCGACGCCGAUCCCGUCGCCAUCGCGAGCUGGCGACUGCAGGCGACGUCGCUCGUGCUCCUCCCGGGUUUCGGAUUCGAGCUGAUCCAGUGGCUGCUGACGUGGAGCAGACAGCGCCGUAGUGGCGAGCGCAUCGCUCAUCCAAGUCAUAGCUUGGAUCGACGAGGGGAAUCUCGUGAGGAAAUCGAGUCCGCGCCCAUCCUUCUUCCUGAGGAGGAUUCAGAGAUUGCUGGGAACGAACAGCAACGGCGUGCCUGCACCACGCCUAUUAACUCAUGCACCGGUGAUCUCUCUCCCUCUGGUCCGCACCAGGGCCUCUUCUCCCCUCCACUCCCCCCUCCGUUCACUCUCUUCCUCCUCCUCCUCCUCUCCGCCUGCGCGCUCGCCCUCCACUUCGCCCUUUGGAUUCUCUCCCUGCGCCUCACCUCGCUCGCCCACUCCCUCCUCUUCGUCUCCACGCCCCCGCUCCUCCUCUCCCUCGCGCACCUCCUCUCAGGCGCGCCCCUCUCCUGCGCAGAGGCGCUGGGGACGCUGCUGGGGGGGCUGGGCGCAGCAGUGGUGGCGAUGGGGGGGAGUGCGGGGUCCGGCAGGGGAAAGAGUGGCUAUGAUGAUGAUGAUGAUGAUGAUGUGUCUGUGGGAGGGGAUAUGGCAGCACUGCUAGCAGCAGCAGCGUUUGUGGUGUACGUGUGGGUGGGAGGGCGAGUGCGAACGUCCCUCCCACUGCAUCUCUAUGCUCUGCCGGUGACCGCAGCUGCUGGAGCCAUGCUUGCUGCUGCCGCCACCCUCACACCCCUCCUGGACCCCUCGCAUGCAUGCCCUCCCCAUGCCAUCACAGCAGCACAUGCCGCUGCUGCAGGAGCACCAGUACCCAUCAUGGCACCAUUCGCAACAUCCACUGGUGGAGCAUUGGUGGGGAUCGGGACAGGAGCAGGAGCAGGGGCAGGUGAAGCACUACUGGCAUCGCCACAACUACCCCCACUGCCACAGCCGCCACUGCGUCUGCCUCCACCAUCGUCCUCCCACUGUACGGCAUGGCAGCCACUUGCCUGGCUCUCCCCCCCCUUCCUCGCACCCACUCUCUUCCUGGCCCUUGGCCCCGGGUACAUGGGCCACACAGGGCUCAACGCCCUGCUGCGCUACACCACGCCCCUCGUCAUCGCCAUCGCUAUCACUGUAGAGCCGCCACUCGGCUCGCUGAUUGGCUGGGCUAUUGGCCAGUCAGGUGCUCCGGAUGCAGCUACGUGGGUGGGGGGGUUGCUGAUGGUGGGUGCCACGCUGUGGGUGGCGCUGGAAGGACAGGAGAGGGCCAGAGGCCGGCACUAACGACCUUGUGGUCGCAAGGCAAUACUCUCAGAGUAACGAAUUAGCUAGAAUGUGAGAUACAGUGUGGUUUUGUGCUGAGGGGUUGUACUCUCUAAGAGUACGUUCCUAUCUAGCCUAUAGCAAUAUACACACAUAUGUUUGACACACCCCCUAGGCUAGAUGAGGGGCAGUGCCUGGCAAGAGACAUGCAACUCAGGGU